CACGACGGGCGGCUUAGAGGCCGCACGACGGACGCAGGCGCAGUAGUAUUAAGGCUGACCGUCUGCUGGUCAAGUUAUGGUAUACUAUGCUCGAUAGUUCAUAGUGUCCUCGCCCAUACACUCCUCUCGGGAAACUAGACAGGCACAGCAACCAUGUUCUCGAAUCUGUUUCGUACGGCAUCCAAUGCUAAAGCACCUCAGGCUGAGCACUUCGAAUUACCUCUCCACAAGCCGCGACAAGGCCAGCCCGUGGACCUAUCAAUACCACCCGAGAUAGAGGCCCAGCUCAAGAAGUUUCCGGCCGACAAACAGGCCACGAUCAGAGAGAAGAUCAGGAAGUUCAAAGAUGCCAUUCAGCCGCACACAGACGAGGGUGGAGACGCCCACUAUAUUGGUGAUGCUUACGCACAUGUGAACCCUGACUGUGUGCGCGAAUGGUCUAAGGAUCAAAAGCCGGGGCCAUAUCUGCAGUACGUGGAGGCUAUCUCCAAGAAGCUAAAACAUCUGGAAUACUUGUCCUUAUGGAUGCUCGUAGGAUGCGCUCCUCCAAAAUGGCGCUUCAUUAGGAACGAAGAGGAGAGCCGUAAGGAGCGCAUCUGCCGAACCAACGUCUGUGUCAUUGAUUACAGGGACUCAUCCGACACGAUUACGAAGCCGUUCACUAGCACUCCGGAUCUCAAGGCAUUUCUCAACAAUGCAAACCCCCCAAAUGGACAGCCUGCGGUCCGACUGGUCAUUGCAGAAGACCUGUCGCGUGACCUGGUCGACAUGCUGGGUGAGCACUACGACAUCGACCCACUGUUCUUCCUGUCACACAUCGGCGACUACCUGUUCCACAAUACGAGAGAUCGAUGGUGCGAGCUACCAGAUCUGGAUGUAGAUACCAGGAACAGGUCUCACUCCACCAUCACGUAUCUGCGGGCUCGGUACUUCCAAACGGAAAAAGACUUCAUCGAGGCAGAAAGGCAAAGCGGAGGUUUCAAUGUUUUACGCCGGCUCGACGGCGAUCGUAGUCGCAAAAGCCUGCAACGCAGCCUCCUCGAUGACCCCGAAGCUAGCGUGACUUUGACACGAGCAAAGUCUUCCUUGUGGAUCAAGCCCCGGGUCGCAGGCGAGCCUGUCGUCGCCGUACUCCUGGUCGAUCCCACUGUGAAAACGGGGCACUCCAUCUGGGGCGGCUAUAGGCCCUUUGAGGCCACGCCCACAAUGAAGCAAUGGACGCAAAAAGCAGAUACCGAGCCAGAAGCUCCGCCCCGCACAAGCUUGUUCGACGACGUAGUAUACUGGAGUUGCAGACUCACACCAGGAGACCUGCAACUCGUGAAGGAGGACCCCAAGUACAUCGCCCUGCCCAUGUACAAGCUCGUCAUCGCCGACUGGCUCGUAGUGCUCAAAUACAUGACCACAAUGUUCGGCCUCAUCGAAUGGACCUUCUCCAAACCCCACUGGGGUGAAUCACCUGGCGACAUCGAUGAACUGCUCACGAGAAUCGCUCCCUGGCGGCGAAAUGUCCCUUACUACCAGGCCAUGGUCGACGAUAGCAUCGCACGGCUCUUCCCCGCCAUCGCCGUAGCCUAUCCUACAACCCCAGCAAAUCUCGUCGUCCCCGCCCCAGACAUCUCCAAAGGAAUCUACUCCCUCUGGUCUGACUUCAAAAACAUCAAACACCAGUUGGACGAGCAUAAACGCCGCAUCCAAUCGAUCCAAACCAUGGCCACCAACGCCAUCAACAACGAAGAAGCCCGCCGAGCUGUGAAACAAAACACAAACCUGGCUCGCCUGUCCUUCCUCGCGACGUUCUUCAUCCCGCUAAAUUUCACAUCUUCCUUCCUCAGCAUGUCCCCUGACUUCCCCACAGCGAGCAACUAUACCACAAUCUGGCUAUUCUUCGUCCUCGGCAUCCCAAUCACAAUCCUCGCCUUCAUCAUUGUGGACUUUACUAAACCUGAUAAGAAAGGAAUCACGCGACAAGCCUGGCUCAAGAUCCAUCCGGAGAAACCCAAAGCCGCCGAGGCCAUGGGAACACAGGCUUCUGAGCCUGGAGACAAGCCGAAGACGAGGAGCACUAUGGGUUGGCUAACUAACAGAGCCGAAACAUUCCGCCGGCCGUAAUCUGAGGCAACUUUCUAUUUUGUUUCUGUUCUUUUUUCGUUCAGCGGCAUCGAAGCAAUUUUGACGAGAUACGAUCCUGAUGAUGAUAUGAUGGAAAUUUAUAGAAAACGCAUUUUGUGAUGGAUUUAUGAUGACGAGAAGUUUCGAGAGUUGUAUGUACACGACAGAGACUGCACAACAUAGGCAUAUAGAAGAGGGAAUGGCAUAGAGGUACUUGGCGAUAGCAACAUCUUUCACUUCCCGCAGGCCGACCAAUCAGUCAUUUCAUCGUCGACCGAGAGGCGGAGGCCUCGAUUCGUACAAGGUACGCCGCCAUGCCCUAGCGCAGGAUCCUCCAUUGAAUCAUGCGAGCAGGACCGCUCGUGUUCGGGCCCGUA